UGUUUUUCUUUUUGGUUUGCUUAUAGAAUAAGUCCAAACUGAACAUUUUUUGUGGUUAAUUUAGUGUGGUCAAGAAUUUAAAACAAAGUUUUGUUGGGUUAUAAAGGGACUGUAGGGAUAUUUAAUUAGUUGGUAUAAUAAUGAAAGUGAUGGGUGAAGUAAAGCUCAGAAUCUUUUUUUCUUCUUUAUAUUUUGAAUUUUGAUGUCCACCUCAGAAAAUGAUUCUAGCUGGGUCUUCUCUAAUCUUAUAAAUUGCCACUUGCCAUGUCAAAUUGCCGAGUGCCAACAAAACUUUGUGUUUGUAUCUAACCUACCCUAAUUAACCCUUUCUUUAUCUCGUUUUGGACCAGUAUUGUUGCGGUCCACUUCAUUUAUAGGAGUUCUAGUCAGAUUUUUAGUUCCGAUCAGUAAACCAGUAAUCAAAAUAACUUAUAAUUUAAAAUGUAAUCAAAUUCGAGCCAACUCACAAACUAUUCAAAAUUGUUCUGAUAUCUAUUUGAUAUUAACCGACUCGAGUUCGAACUACUCGAAUCAAAUUGACUAGCUCACGAGCCAAAUCGAGUUUGAACACUACUGAUUAGCAACUUCAAUGGCUAGAGUUUGUUGGCCGUACUUUGAUCCCGAGUAUGAGAAUCUGAGCACUAGAAUCAAUCCUCCAAGAGUAUCAGUUGAUAAUACUAGCUGCACUGUCUCAACUCUAAUAAAGGUUGAUAGUAUGAACAAACCAGGAAUUCUGCUGGAAGUGGUGCAAAUUCUGACUGAUCUUGACCUCAUCAUCACCAAAGCUUACAUCUCCUCAGAUGGAGGAUGGUUCAUGGACAUAUUUCAUGUCACUGACCAACAAGGCAAGAAAAUUACUGACAGUAAAACCAUUGACUACAUUGAGAAGGCUCUAGGACCAAAAGAGUACAACAAAGCUGAAUUGAAGACUUGGCCCGGAAAACGAGUCGGAGUUCACUCUGUUGGUGAUUACACAGCCAUUGAACUCAUCGGAAGUGACCGUCCGGGUCUUUUAUCGGAGAUCACUGCUGUCCUUGCCAACCUUCACUUCAAUGUGGCUGCUGCAGAAGUUUGGACGCAUAAUCGGAGAAUAGCAUGUGUUGUUUAUGUCAAUGAUGACAUAACUUGCCGCCCUGUGGAGGAUCCCACCAGAUUGUCUGUUAUGGAGGAGCAGCUGAAGAACAUCUUACGCGGCUGCGAGGAUGAUGAGAAAGCUGCUCGUACCAGUUUCUCCAUGGGAUUCACCCACAUUGACCGCAGGCUCCAUCAAAUGUUUUUUGCAGAUAGAGAUUAUGAAGGUGGGCCAGGAGGUGUGUCCAACGAAGUUGAUUCCUUCAAUCCGAAGAUAACAGUUGAGCGUUGCGGUGAGAAAGGGUACUCGGUAGUUAGUGUUCAAUGCAAAGAUCGAGCGAAACUGCUAUUCGACAUUGUCUGCACUCUCACAGACAUGCAAUAUGUUGUGUUUCAUGCCACAAUUUCAUCUGAUGGCCCCAAUGCAUCUCAGGAGUACUACAUCCGUCACAUGGAUGGUUGCACACUUGAUACUGAAGGCGAAAAGGAACGAGUUAUCAAAUGUCUAGAAGCUGCAAUCAAAAGAAGAAUAUGUGAGGGUCUGAGCUUAGAACUGUGCGCGAAGGAUAGAGUAGGAUUGCUGUCGGAAGUAACGAGAGUCCUGAGAGAGAACGGAUUAUCGGUAUCACGAGCGGGCGUGACGACAGUCGGAGAGCAAGCAAUGAAUGUUUUCUAUGUGAGAGAUGCUUCAGGAAACCCUGUGGAUAUGAAAACUAUUGAAGCUCUUCGUAAAGAAAUCGGACACACAAUGCUGCUUAAUGUCAAGAAAACUCCUGCUAGACCAACUCAGCCUGAAGCCAAAGGAUGGGCUAAAACCAGCUUCUUCUUUGGUAACUUAUUUGAAAGGUUCAAGGCUUGACAAAAACUUGUCCGUAUGAAAUUGUAUAAUAACAGAAACUUUAUGAACUGUAUAGACAAUAAAAUUAUGGGCAAAAUGGCUUGUCAAUGUAUUAUACUUUUGUGUAAUUUAAAGCAUAUGAAAAUGCUUUCAUGUUAAUGAAGUUUCGGCUUAUUAAGAGUUGA